AUGCCCGCAAUGCUCGACGACCCCACAUCCCCUCCAAUCAAGCGGACAACCCCAAUCUCCUCCUUCACCCCCACCCCCGUCACCCUCCGCGACGGCACCACACGUGCCACCAUCCUCCCCUUCACCUCACCCUCGCAGGUUCCUCCCUCCCUCACCUCCUUCCUCUGCACGCAACUCGCCCUCGAAAUCGCCGCUGGGGACACCUACCCGAUGCUCGACCCCUUGCCUCUUGAAACCUUCGGACCCUACUGGUUUAGUACCUUUGCCGCCGUCAUGGUGCUCGGAGAGGGGUUGAGUGUGGAGAGUUUGGGGGAGAUGGGGGAGAUGGGGGAGGUGGAGUGGGAGGACAGGUGUCUGGGGAGUUUUUAUGUGAAGCCGAAUUAUCCGGGAAGGAGUAGUCAUGUUUGUAAUGGAGGGUUUCUGGUGAAUGCGAAAAAGAGGAAUUUGGGGAUCGGGAAGGCGCUGGGGAGGGCGUAUUUGGAGUGGGCGCCUAGACUGGGAUUCACGUAUUCGGUGUUUAAUUUGGUGUACGAGACGAAUGUUGCGUCGUGUAAGAUUUGGGAUUCUUUGGGGUUUGAGAGGAUUGGGCGGGUGAAGAAGUGUGCGGUUUUGAAGAGUUUUCCAGGAAGGAAGGUGGAUGCGAUUGUUUAUGGGUAUGAUUUUGAAGGUGAAGAAGACAAGGCUUCGGUGUGAAAUUGUGGAAUAUGUUGGAUUUGGUAUCUAAAACAGAAAAGAAAAAAAUGAACUAUUUACGACUUAAGAAGACCAUUUCAACUCCUCCAGCUUCUCCACACCGUACGGCACACUAGGUGUACUCCAAGCCGCACCUUCCGCACCCUUGAUUUGAGGUACCGGCUUCAAAAUGCUCAACCUCUUGCUGUCAAACGCGCUGUCCUCGAAACUCUGAUACCACCC